AUGGACGGUGAUGCAUGCUACUAUCUCCUAGCUCUUCUUCCACUUGUGUACACCAUCAUUCGCUUCUCCAGAGCGUUCUUUGGCUCCGGCAACCGCGGUCUACGGCUCCCUCCGGGCCCAUGGCAGCUUCCUGUCAUCGGCAGCCUCCACCACCUUUUCGGCGCCCUCCCACACCGUGCCUUACGGGACCUCUCCCGACGCCAUGGGCCUCUGAUGCUCCUCAAGUUCGGCAAGGUCCCAGUGAUCAUCGCCUCCAGCGCCGAGGCUGCCAAGGAGAUCAUGAAGACGCACGACCACGUCUUCUGCACCAGGCCGCUGAGCGCAUCUGCCAAGGUGUUGAACGAGCAUGGCCCCGGGAUCUCCUUUGCCCCGUACGGCGAGCACUUGCGGCAGCUACGCAAGAUUUGCAUCGUCGCGCUGCUGAACGCCAAGCGCAUCAACUCUUUCCGUCCCACCCGUGAGCAGGAGGUGAGCGUGCUCAUCCGCUCCAUCUCAUCCGCAUCAAAGUCGGAGCCACUUGUGAACCUGAGUAAGAUGCUCACCAUCCACGGGACGGACACAACGGUGCACUCAAUCAUGGGUACCCGGUUCAAGGACAGCGACGUUGGCACCUUGCUCGGUCAUGUGAAAGAGGCGGUGCGGCUGAUAGGUAGCCUCACCAUAUCCGACUUGUUCCCGUCGUCGUGGCUAGCACGCACUCUGAGCAGCACGCUGCACAGGGCUGCGGUCUGCCGGGACUCGUCGCUAUUGUUCCUGGAACGCGUCAUCUGUGAGCAUCUUGAGAGAAGGUCCUCCAUGGAUGUGCACCAGGAAAUCCUGAUCGAUGUCCUCUUGAGGAUCAAACGAGAAGGCAACCUUCAGUUCCCCCUCACCAUGGACAAUAUCAAAGCAGUGAUUUUCGUAAGUUAUUUUGUUCCUAGCUACUAA